CCGGAUGUUGUGGUUGUAACUGUGACAGUGAAAUGUUGGCACUAGCUUCGGGCUGACAGUUGGCGAACAUCCUCGAAGAUGUGGAUGUUUUUGUCGACAUCAUGACACGGAUCAGAGAGUUUUUACGGACAGUAUAUUUUAUAAACAUAUUUUACAGACUGUGUUUGGCUCCGGUGAGUCUGUCACGUGUUUGUUUGAGCUGAUUUAGUUAGCUCCAGCCAAAGCUAAGUGAACUAGCCGCCUCUUCUCCGCGCUGUGAUGGAUGAAGACUUCCUGCUCGCCGUGCAGCUGCAGGAGCAGUUCAACGACGAGUACGAGACCUCGUUGUUUCCAUCAAACGGGUUUGAGGAUAACAGCCUCGGACAAAGCAGUAAGAAACGGAAGGUGGAGGUAGGAGCCGAUGUUGUGCCCUACUGGAAGCAGCCGGCUGUCCGGCCCGAGAGGCCGCUGUCUAUCGUGGACGAGACGUGGGAGAUGCUGGACCCCAACCCCGAUGUCAGAGCCAUGUUUCUGGAGUUUAACGACACUUUCUUCUGGGGGAAACUCUGCGGGGUGGAGGUGAAGUGGAGCCCAAGAAUGACACUGUGUGCUGGUGUGUGUUCCUACGAGGGCCGAGGUGGACUGUGUUCAAUCCGACUCAGUGAGCCUCUGCUGAAGCUCAGGCCGCGAAAAGACCUGGUGGAGACUCUCCUUCAUGAAAUGAUUCACGCGCUGCUGUUUGUGACCCAGAACAACAGAGACCGAGACGGCCACGGCCCAGAGUUCUGCAAACACAUGAACCGGAUCAACAGUGCCACCGGGACAAAGAUUUCUAUCUACCACAGUUUCCAUGAUGAGGUCGACGUGUACCGGCAGCACUGGUGGAAAUGCAACGGGCCCUGCCAGAACCGCAAACCUUACUUUGGCUUUGUGAAAAGGGCCAUGAACCGGGCUCCAUCUUCUCUGGACCCCUGGUGGGAGGACCACAGGAGGACAUGUGGAGGGACCUACACUAAGGUCAAGGAGCCUGAAGGAUAUGGAAAAAAAGGAAAGAAGGAUGGUAAAAAGGAUGGGAAGACCUCAGAGAAGAAGGCCCCGGGAAAUGGAAAGCCUUCAAGUACAACUCCAGCUCCUGGAUCACAGGACAUAAGGAACAUUAUCCCAUUUAGUGGCAAAGGUUUCCUACUCGGAGGGAGUUCACAGCCCUCAUCUAAACCACUGGUGCCUGUUGUGACAACAUCCUCGUCCAGCCCCGUCUCCUCUCCGAAGAAACCCUGCACGGCUUCAUCUCCAGCCAAAAGUAUCAGUUCUCCUGUUCAUAACAAAGGACUCUCUGGUGCCUUUCCCUCCAUCAGACCAGCUACCUCCACGGGGCUGAAGCCACCUACAAAGAGGUCAGUCAGUAACACAAGGGUUUUUGUCAACAUCAACGGCUCGCCUGUGAGAUUAUCCAAACCCCACGGCAGCAGCAGCAGUAGCCAAGAAGCAAACAAAAUCAAACAGAGGUCCAUUGAAGACCUCUUCAGCAGCACAAGCUUCAGGAAGUCAGGGAGUUUAUCCUCCACCUCAAACACAGAAACUAAAAAAGACUCGCUGACAUCACCAAACCGUGCUGCUUCUUCCUCCUUCCCUAAACAACAAAGUACCCAUUCAGCUUCCUCUCCCAGAACAUCUAACCCUAGUUCUAGUCAGUCCAAGUCUUCUGUAGUUUCAACAGGAACCAAAGGGAGCCCAGUUAAACCGACACAGUCCAAGUAUUUCAAUCAUUUGAAUGGUGACAGUACAUCAGGAGCCGCUGGUGGGGGUCAGCCAUCGAGGAAGAGGCCGUGGGACGACCGCAGCAGCUCUGCAACCAUCUUUAACUUCUUCACGAAGACGUUAGGCGGCGAUUCAGCGGCAUCAAGGGAGUCGGCGAAGACAACAUCACCUGCAAUGCAGCAAAGAACUGCCACUGCAACCACCACUUCCUCCUCCUCCUCCUCAGCUUCCUCCCUACAUUCCUCGGCAGGACUGCACAGUGUUUCCUCCUCGUCUUCCUCCUCCUCUGCACUGAUGGUCAGCUGUCCUGUGUGCCAAGCCAAGGUGCAGGAGUCAAAGAUCAACCAGCAUCUUGACUCCUGCCUCUCCUGAACGAGGAGCAGCAGACGCACGAAGUAAAAAGGAAUGUUGCAAUUAAACCAGAUUUUAAGAUUUUAAGAGAAGUUUUCAGGGAGUGUUGAUCUUUCUUAACUUUCAGAUCACAAACUUGACUUUCGAUUUAAAAGGACAGUAUUACCUCACUGUGAUAAUAAUGCUUCUCUCAGGAGUGCCUGUCUGACAGUUUGUGCCUUAGUGUAACAAGAGAACAGCAGGUUGAACAGAGUGAAGUAAGGUCAUCGACUUUUUCUCCUUUAAUUUCAUCAGGGAAAACAGUACUGACAAUAAUCCACAAAGUUCUGUCGUGUUGGCUGCUACAAGUUUGUGUAUUUCGUCAGAAACUGAAGCCUUCUUGUUUUAAACUAUGUUAAAUAUUUGAAGAAUUGCUUCCUCAUAUCAUCUUGAUCAGUUUUGUGAAUAAUCUCUUGAAUUGUUUCACUGUAGGGCGACCUACAAGCCUGCAUGUUUGGAUCACAUGGUGUGGCUGUCCUUUUACAUUAGACUCACAGUGAAGCAAUUCAUGAGAGUCCAUUCAGAAUCGAUCGGUAUGAUGUGAAAGCAGAGCAAUAAUGGUUGAAAUCCAGAAGCUGCUGUUGUUACGUGUCUAGAAAAGUUAUUUUUGCCAUCUCUGGCUGGGGGCGGAUGGUUUGGCUGGUUCCUGUAGUUCGAUGUAUCUGUCCUCCAGACAGCAGGAGACACUGCCUGACCUCUGCUGAUCUGUGGGAAUCAGGUUUCACGCUUGUCAGCUAUUUAUUUCUCCACAUCUUCACAUUAACACUGCGCCAAUCUGCAGGGUCAGGCUGGUGCACGGAUAUCUGAUUGUGCCUCGGUAAGGCGCUGAUAUGAUACUGAUAUACUACAGUGAGGACGGUUUACAUACUUUUGUUGACU